UGUGGUGCCACURUUGUUAUACUGUGCAUCGGCGAAACCCACAACCUGAUCAACUACGUCUCCUUUAUCAACUAUCUGUCAUACGGUGUCACCAUCGCAGGUCUGCUGUGGUACCGUUGGAAGAAACCUAACUUAUAUCGGCCUAUUAAGGUAAAUCUGCUUGUCCCUGUGUCCUACCUUAUGUUCUGGGCAUUGCUACUGGGAUUCAGCCUGUACUCAGAGCCAGUCGUUUGUGGUGUUGGUUUGAUCAUCAUGCUUACCGGUGUUCCUGUCUAUUUUCUGGGUGUCCACUGGAAAGAAAAACCAAAGUGUAUCGACAAUUUUAUUGCAUGGGCUACGUCUGUGGGCCAGAGGUUGUGUUUUGUGGUCUUUCCUCAGAUUGUCCCUAUUGAGAUUGCCAGUCCUUCAGAAUGGACUGAUCAGUCAUCUGGCAGAAAAAGUUUCUCUGGCAGGUCGUAAAGGUUCCCUUUCUGAACAUGUGAAGAUUUGUGUUCUGACUCCUAAUUUUGAAUUGCUGUUGUUUUUGUUGAGGCGUUCUUUACUACAAUGAAAGUCUCCAGUCUGAUUUCUGAUCCUGAUAAAUCAGCUUUUCAUCUAAUAUUCAAGUGGACAUGCCUGCUGUUCUGUUUGAUGUGUGAAUUUUUUAAUUUCAUGUAUUUUAUUUUGAGGAUCAGUAUGUAAAAUUUUAAUGGCCUUUGUUACCUUUUCAUUCUUCUACAGAACCCUGAUUGACUGACAUUAGGUAAUCAUGUCUUUUAGUUAUAUUUAGGAUUUCAUUGUGCUCUAAAGCCUUUUCAACCAGAUCAAAACCAAUGAAAAGUAAAAAAAUAAAAUAAUUAGGCACCAUUUAUUUUUAAAACAAGUCAAACCCCACAAACAUGUAUGUUGUGUUUCCCCCUCCAUUCCUCUACCUGACCCCUUUGUUAACGUGUGUCAUAAAAAGUGCGACAUACUGUCCCUCUCUCACAUACACUUUCUGUUGAACUUGUAUGUUUAUGUUUCAGAUCAGCAGGCAACAUCAAACAAAGCCUCAGUAAAUGCAAAAUUAUGAUUUUAUUCAUCAAGAGAGAAAGAGCAAUUCAAAUGUGACAAAGUAACUGCCCCCAGACUCUAAACACUGAUUUUUGCUCUUCUUGUUGGCACCAGUUGAAAUCAAACCCUUGUGAUAACUGUCAAUAUUUUGUAAUUUUGCAACCUUGGUACUGUUCUUUGUUAACCACUACUUGAAUUAAGGAUUUAACAAGGAGGGGAAUUACAUUACAUUUAACAAAGGUUUGGAAAGCUUUUUUCCUUGAUAAAUAAAGCCCUGAUUUAAGAGUUUUUUGUUUUUACUUAGUUUAUCUUUAUCUGACAUUUGAAAUAUGCUCAAUGAGCCGAACAUUUAGGUCUUAGAAAAAGCAAAACAUAAGAAUUGUGUUGCAGGUAACRUUCACAUUACAAUGCUUUUUCAUAGCAUUGAAAUGUGAUCUUAUGGUUUUGUCAAGCAACCCUUUAGAYCUACUGCAGCCUGACAGAUAUCAGAUCUCACUGUUAUAGCAGCAACACCGGAAUCCAAAUGAGCAGAAGCCAGGUUGGGACUAAAAGCUUUUUGUAGUGCAUUUGAUGCUGGAGGACAUUCAUUCCUGUUCAUGUUGCCACAUCUUUUUCCUGGACUGAAAUAUUUCAAAGACUACAGAACAAUGCAGCAUUUUGUAUAGUUCUCAAGAGUUUAAUAAUCAUAAUAAUAUAAAUAUUCUGUCACUUGGCACCUUUGAUCAAUCUCACUUUGAACUCACUUCAGACUAACUUUAGAGUGAACAUAGCUUUAACACUCAACAGCUGUUGCUUCAAYCAGGCAGGAAAACAUGUACAGGUUUCACUUUCUCAAAAAUGCCAAUAGAAUUACUCUCAGGGAGAGCUUCAAUGAAGCUGUAUUUUGGUCAGAUGUUAUGGAUAACUUGUUGCUUGUCUUUUGGUUACAUGUUUGGCAGUUCUUCAAAAAUAAUUUCAGAACCUAGAGCAAUUUCYAGACUUGUGAAUUGCAGUUUAAACUUUGCAACUCAAUUUUCAGCUUAGUGAAGCUGAAAUAUUUGAAAGACUUGUGUCUUGUAGUUGUCAUUUAAACUGUUCAUCAGUUAUUAACUAUAGCUUUUCCCAGCAGUUUAGUCCUUUUUGUUGUUUUAAUUAACAUGUCAAUGAACUUACUCACUUGUUUUAAUAUUUUUACAAAUAAAAUCUAAGAUGUGUAGCGUACAUUUACAUUUAGCCCUUCUGAGUCAUACUUAAAAACUAUUUUGAGAUGUUGACUUGCUGCAGUCGAWCUUACAAUUUCUGAAAUUGUAAAGAAGUUUCAUAGAACUUUAUGUGGGUUAUACAAAAGUUAUUCACAAAGCACCUUAGGUGUCAUAGGAGCCCCUGAUGUGACUAAAUGUUAGGAACAGUGAGGAGGACUUCUUCAGCAUAAUGCCUCCAAUCGCAUGUGUCCCUCUGGGAUUUCUGUGUUCAUGGUUUAUAUGCGGUUUGUUUUCUGCAACACAGUGUGGCCAAAAAGCUAAUUAAUUUUGGCACCUUCUACAUUUUCAUUGUGUCCCUUAACUUGAGGUUAACUGCAUACAUGAGUCAUUAUGGCAGUUUCUGUUUAGUUAAAUUUUUGUUUUUUGGCACUACUCUAGUAGUGAUCUUAAUUCUAAAAGAUGUUUAUAURAAAAAAAUUAUGUCAUAAAAGCCAUCUCACCUUUUCCAGGUUUUAGCAUUUUUUUAACCAGGCUUCGGGUGGUUAAAGAUGCAUAAUGGCCUUAUAGCCAUUAUUUAUUCAACAAAGUAAAAUCCAAUCAAAAUGGAAAAUGUAAAAGUAGUGUACACCCAACCCACUUUACAGUGUCUUUCUGACAAUCAGUCUUUCACAUUAUUAUGGAAGUCUCAGCCUGCCUUUCUUUCCAACAUAGCUUCAGUUCAUUCAUUCCUUCAUACACUGCUCCCGUAUACCCCACAGCAGUUCAGUCAGCUCGGGGUCUGGGUYAUACUAUGAUUGACUGAUUUGUCCCUCUCUUUUAAUUCUCUGCAUGCAGUUAUUUGUGUUUUCUUUGUUUACUUAAUUUAAUCAGAUCUAAUUUUUAGAGGUUUUAUGUCUGUCCCUCAUUUUGUAACCUCUAAGCACUUUGUUUUACAUGUGAAUGUACAAAAAGUGUUCUAUGAAUAAAAAUUAAUUGAUU